AUGACAUCCACUCACCAUCAUCAUAAUCCACAUCUGCAGAGUAAACAUGAUACCAAUCUAGUAACCUCUAAAGCCACCCAUCAUCACUCUCACUUGCCACUUGAUAGUCCUGGUUUUGGGCACGCUGGUCACCCAUCGCACCACGGGCACAAGCACCAUCAGCAUGAAGAAGAUACCUCGUACAACCAACCAUGGUCCAUCCAAAUAACCCAAGAAGAACUUGGGUUCUUGAAUUUUUUUCUACAGAUGAUACCUCACAUUUUCUCCAGUCCGUAUCAUUACGAGCUAGCUAUAGCCCCGGCAUUGGGAUACGAGAGAGCUAAAGAACUGUCUCAUGCUAUGGUGACACCCAUUACCCAUAAUACAUUCUCAUAUGUCUCUCCGGACGGUAAGAAACAUAUGGGUCAGGUUGAUCAAAGGCAUUCUCAUACGGUCAUCAUAGAAAUGCCUUUCUCACCUUUAUACGGAGGUGGUGGAGGGGUGAUUAAGAAGGAGUUUGUAGAGCAGGAGUUUCCGCCCAAUGGAGAUAUUCCAUAA